AAAAAAAGAAUUAUCAAAGGAUUAAAAUCAUGUACAUACCUAAUUAUCCGUGAAUCGAAAUAAUUAAUCUCUCAGAUCUAUCAGUUGAUUAGUAUGUAAUGACGUUCCAAAGAUAAGUUUCGAUUUAAUAUAGACCAAUAAUUCAUUGUAGCUUUAGUGUUUCGGACUCUCUCGCAAGAUGAAGGUUCUAUCUUUUGUACUAUUGUGCGGUCUUGCUCUGGUACAGGGGCGCAGCACCGGUGUGCAAAGUACCAACGCCCUGGUUGCCCUCGGAGACAAGCCCUACCAGGUCCAUCUACGCAUCGCUGUUUCGACCAGUGGUCUGCUCAACACCUGCGCCGGUUCCCUCAUUCACUCUCGCUGGGUCCUCAGCGCCGCUAGCUGCCUCCAAGAUGUCCGUUUCAUCUGGGUCCGUUAUGGUCUGGUGGUGGUAAUUAACCCGUCCCUGGUCACGGAGACUAGCGCAGUCCGUCUGCACCCCUCGGAUACCAUUGGUCUCGUCAGCAUCAACAGGGAUGUCCAACCCACUGACUUCAUCUCUCCCGUGGCUUUGUCUGCCAGCGAGGACCUACCCGAAUCCGGAAAUGUCUGCGGCUUUGGCGAAGUCGACGGCGAACCUGGAGAGCAACUGAGCUGCUUCGACGUGUCCGUGGUGCCCGCCGACGGUCUCCUUGAGGCCACCAGCGAGGAAGGCCAGACUUCCAAGUACGAUGUUGGAACUGCUCUUGUCAGCGAUGAUGUUCAAGUAGCUGUGCUCCUGGCCGGUGCUGACGAGAACAGCGCUGGAACCUUCGUGCCUGUCGCGGAAUACAUCGAAUGGAUCGAGACCACCGCCGGUAUUACCCUGGCUCCUGAAGAACCUGAGUCUUCCGAAUCUUCCUCAUCUUCUUCAUCUUCUGAGGAAGACGAAGAAGAAGAAGAGGAAGAAGAAGAGGAAGAGGAAGAAGAAGAGUAAGAAGAAGAGGAAGAGGAAGAAGAAGAGGAAGAAGAAGAAGAGGAGGCCGACCCCGUCAGGAUUGUGAACUAAGCCGCUAGACGUGACAACAUUGCGAUUUUUGUUAAUUAUCCCCAAUAAACUGUUUGUAAUUUAUAAA